AUGGUUCCUGCUCUUAUUUAUACUGGAGUGCCUAACAAACUCAGUGCUGGUGCAUGUGAUGGUUACUUGCUCAUUUCCUAUUCUGCCCUUGCUCCCUUUUACGCCUCUGAUACAACUUAUCUUGUGCUAGAAGAAUAUGCAACUUACACCCUUAAAAACUCCAUGACAUCAGGAGACAAUGGUGAAGCACCUGAAGUCAUGAAACGGACUCGCCCUCCAAGAAUUUCGUUGAAGACGCUGGAGCUGUAUGCACUUGUGUUCUUGGCUCUGUAUCUAGAUUUGUUUACUGACUUUAUUUCAGUGUACUACACCAUUAUGAAGUUGCUAGACACAUUCAGGCAUUAUUUUCUUGUCGGAGCGAGCUUCCUCUUGGCACUUCUUGUCCAUGAGAAGUUUACAUUUCAGGAGAUACUUCGGACAUUUUCAAUAUACUUGGAGGCUAUUGCAAUUAUACCCCAAUUAGUUCUGUUGCAGAGGAGUGGAAAUGUGGACAAUCUGACUGGACAAUAUGUUUUCUUCCUCGGGGCCUAUCGAGCAUUCUACAUCCUCAAUUGGGUCUACCGGUAUUUCACAGAGAAGCAUUUCAGUCGAUGGAUUUCUUGCUUUUCUGGCCUAAUUCAAACAGCUCUUUACGCAGACUUCUUCUACUACUACCAUAUCAGUUGGAAAACUAAUGCAAAACUGCAGUUGCCAGCCUGA